UGGUUCACAGACUACGCCGAAGUAGUCUUCUCCCUAUUCGGUGACCGAGUUACCUACUGGGUCACUAUCAACGAACCGUUUAUCCUAUGCGAGGAAAGCUUUCGUUGUCCACCCUUUUCUUCUGGUUUGAGCCAGCCACGCCAGAAGACCAAGAACUAACUGAUUUAAUGUUCGAAUUUUGGGAGGGGCGAUACGCUUAUCCAGUGUACUCAAAGGUUGGGGGAUGGCCUGUAAAACUGGAAAAGUUCCUAGCAGAGAAAGCAAGAAGAGAAGGUUACUCACACCCGCGACUGCCACCAUUCACACCUGAAGAAAUAGAUAUGGUUAGAGGUACAUAUGACUAUUAUGCUUUGAACCACUACACAACGCGGCUGGUCCGACGCCUGCGCCCCGGUGAGGAGAACCCCAUGUGGCCGCUGAUAGGUUCCCCGGAGAUGGGCAUCGUCAUGGAGAGCCAUCCUUCCUGGGUCAGCGUCAGCAAUUGGUUUGCGAUAUGGCCUCAAGGUUUCCGCAAGCAACUAAACUGGUUGAACACAACAUAUGACCUGAAGGAGAUCUUCAUCACGGAGAAUGGGAUUCCCUUAGGACCUGAUAUGGACGACACGCUGCGAGUAGAAUACUACAGGAGUUAUCUGGGAGAGAUUUUGCAGGCAUUACACGAAGGAGUUCCCAUAACGGGAUACACAGCGUGGACACUGAUGGAUAACUUUGAAUGGAUGACGGGAUACACGGUUCAGUUCGGGCUGUACUCCGUGAACUUCACAGACCCGAUGCGCACGCGCACGCCCCGCACCUCAGCCAAGUACUACGCAAACGUCACCAGGACUCGCAUGCUUUAUCUUCAGAAUCAAGAGAUAUACUAGAAUCUCAUCUCAGCCUAUAGCAGUCCACUGCUGGGCAUAGGCCUCUCCAUAUGUUCUCCAGCGCGACCGGUUCAUUGCCACCUGUAUCCAACGGGACUAGAAUAAAGAGUAAUAAUUCAUC